GACCACGGCAACCGUACCACACCGUGUGCCUUGAUCUGCCGGCCUCUCCAUUCCGACUCUUUGUUCGUUCUGUGCAAGAGGAGGGAGGAGAAAGGCAGAGAGAGGCCUCCAUAUCCAGAUAAUUAACACAUACAAGCUAUUCCAGCCGGUUCUGAUCCAUUGCGGUUACACACAUAUAUACGCGACAUAAUAUAUAUAUAUAUAUCAGUCGUCACUCUCGCUCUGUCGUCGCGGCGGCCGUUCCACAAGAAACACACCAACUCCCUCGCGCAAGAACCAACUCGAUCCCGAAGGAAGACGAAGAAGAAGGCGAUCCCAUCCACCAAGCGGCGGCGGCAAGCAAGAUGGUUAACCUUGACGAAGUCCGCAAUGUCGUCGGCAUCAUCGGCAACUUCAUCUCGUUCGGUCUGUUCCUUGCGCCACUGCCGACGUUCCUGACGAUCAUCAAGAAGCGCGACGUGGAGGAGUUCGUGCCGGACCCCUACCUCGCGACGUUCCUCAACUGCGCGCUGUGGGUGUUCUACGGGCUCCCCGUGGUGCACCCGGACAGCAUCCUGGUGGCAACCAUCAACGGGACGGGCCUCGCCAUCGAGGCCGCCUACCUGUCCGUCUUCUUCGCGUUCGCGCCGAAGCCGAAGCGCGCCAAGAUGCUGGGCGUGCUCGCCGUGGAGGUCGCCUUCGUCGCCGCCGUCGUGGCGGGCGUCGUCCUCGGCGCGCACACCCACGAGAAGCGGUCCCUCGUCGUCGGCUGCCUCUGCGUCUUGUUCGGCACGCUCAUGUACGCCUCCCCGCUCACCGUCAUGAAGAAGGUCAUCGCCACCCAGAGCGUCGAGUACAUGCCCUUCACGCUCUCCUUUGUUAGCUUCCUCAAUGGCAUCUGCUGGACCACGUACGCGCUCAUCAGAUUCGACAUCUUCAUCACGAUCCCGAACGGCAUGGGAACGCUGCUGGGCUUGAUGCAACUGAUACUCUACUUCUACUACUACGGGUCGACGCCCAAGAGCAGCGGAACGACGGCGGGCAUGGAGCUGCCGGUGAAGGCCGGUGACGGCGACAGCAAUUAACUAGAUAGUACGCUGCCUGUUGCUAGAUAGCCGCCGCCGGCAGGCUUGACGACCCUUGACGAUGAUGUCCGGCGGUCCAUCUCUGUGUGUGUACGUACUCCUACGUACGUAGGUAGGUGUGUGGCUGUUUUUACAGUAGUAUAUGAACGAAACUGCAUGGCAAUGCAUGCACAGGCGCAUGCUUGUAUUGUAGGGCUGAACCGAAUUGCUGUCGUUGCAGGCGACGACCACGCGUGCUAAUAUAACUCGUUUGUCACUUGUUGACUUGUUGGUUGUUUGGAAUGUACGGAGCAUUCGUUCUAUAUAUAUCUCGGAUUCUGGA